GGAAGGCUAACCAUAGAAUACUUACAUUUAUUUAGAGGUUAUGUAUGAAAAUGUUUUCGUGAGGAAAAACAAGAAUUUGUCAUAGCGGCACUAUAUUUGUAAAGUAUUUAAAUAAAAUUCAAGUGCGUUGUAGAUUGCUAUUAGUGAAAGUCCGAAUUUUUUUUAUUAUUAAGCUAAUGAAAUACUACUUUACUUUCAACUGAGUUUCGGCCAACCUAUAAUGUGUUCUCUACUAGAAGUUCUAGUCACAUGUGACUCUAAUAAUACACUCUGGACUUCAAGCAUUUGGGACCCUCACACCGGUACCAAUCUUAUGACUUAUAAAGGUGGAGGAACAGCUGAAACAAAAACUUUAUCAUUCAUUGGUAAUGACUACGUAGCAGCUGCAGAAAGAACAAAACCUAUACUACACGUUUGGCCUGUAAAUUCUCAACAAACUGUGCAAGGAAUGCGAUUCAUUUUGCCAGGAAAAGCUGGUGCUGUAUCUGUCACUUCAGAUGGAUCAUUUUUAGCAGCAGGCAUUGAUGAAAAGAUUUAUUUAUGGCAAAUAUCUUCUGGCAGUUUGCUAACAAUAAUAAACCGACAUUAUCAAAAGAUUGUGUUAUUAAAAUUCACUUCAGAUGGAAAAUUUUUCAUUUCUGCUGCUGAAGAUGGCAUGGUCAUGGUGUGGUCUCUUGCUACAGUGGCUACACAUCCUGAGGUGGAUCUUGUCACACAGACUACGGCAGGGCAACACGAUCCUGUCUAUAUUUUUUCUGAUCACUCUCUACCUGUGACCGAUCUCUGUGUUAGUAAAAUAGGCAUGCAUGGCCGACUUGCAACUAUAUCCAGUGAUCGAACAUGUAAGAUCUAUGACCUAUCCAGUGGAGAAAUGUUAUUAAACAUAGUUUUUGAUGUGCCUCUAUCAGCAAUAACGAUGGAUGUAUUGGAACUCAACUUAUUUAUUGGAACCACUGAAGGUAAAAUACACCAGUUCAAUCUUGCAAGUCCUCCAAGGACUAGAGAUUUUCUAUUGAACACUGAUGCAAACACACCUAUAUUUGAAGCUCAUACAAAAACUGUGACCUGUUUAUCGGUAUCAGUGGAUGGUGAAACCUUGAUGUCUGGUUCGAGUGAUGAACAAAUUAUUCUCUGGCACAUACCUAGUAAACAAGCAGUGAGAACUAUCAGACAUAAAGGACCUAUUACCAAUGCUUUCUUCACCACAAAUUUUCCUGCAAUAUAUAAACAAAAUUUUUCACCCAAUAUUAUUCUGCAUAGUUUAGAAAGAAAUUUAGACAAAGAAGAAGAGGAUAUCAAUGUCAUUGAAUUAUUGGUCAACAAAAAGGUUGAUUUCUGGCCUGAACGUAGAGAAGAUUUGGAUGAAUCUUAUCUUCCCUCCAAAGAGCUGGAGAAUGAGUAUAAAUUGAAACAUAUGGCUUUGGAAGAAGAAUUAAUUAAAAUGAAAAAAAUUAAUGCCAAUUUGUAUGCUUUUAGUGUGAAAAAGGCUCUUGUUUCUAGUGAUAAUAAUAACAAAAGGAAGAAGAAAAAGAAGACUGCUUUUUAAUAAACACUAAACUGUUGUUACUAUGUUUUUUUAUAGUGUAUCCCCUAAAUACUUGUGUAUACCUACUUUAAAAUUUAUACAUUUCAAAUACCAUCCACCACCAGCAUGCUUAUGAUUGACAAUCUUUCUCUGAGAGCUGAAGCGAAUGGAUUUUUAUUUCUAAAUGAUCUAUAGUGGCCAGUAGAUACUGUCAUGCAUGAUUUGUGGCUAUACUGUACUUUAUGCUAUUUAAAGCUAAAUAACUCCCAUAAAUAGAAUUCACAAUCUGAAACAAAGUUAGAUAAGUUAAAAUGUGUGGCUGUCUGUAUAUUGGGUGCAGUUGGGAGGUGUUUUAGAAAAAAGCUACGAGAUUGUUUUUCCAUUUGCACCCCCCACCCCCUCUGGAAUUACGAUAUAUAUACGCACCCUGACACAAACACGCAUUUAACUUCUGUUUUAAUAUAAAAUUAGGAUUAAGAUUAAAAUUAUUGUAGCAAAAAUUGUUUUCUGGAGGUGGGCGUUAAUAACUGCGACACAGUUUUAUAACUAACUAGCGGCCCGCCCUCGCUUCGCUUCGGUGUAGACCUGAAGCGUAGACUACAGUUUUUGUUCUCAGGCUUGUUUUAUACACAAUGACAUUCAUCUAUGAUUAUUCUUAUACCUGCAUGCAAAGUCUCAGCCCGUUCGGUUUUAAAAUUGACAAAGUUUCAUACAAACUUUCAUUCCCUAUUUUAUCCCCUUCGGGGUAGAAUUGAUCAAAAUCCUUUCUUAGCGGAUGCCUACGUCAUAACAUCUACCUGCAUGCCAAAUUUCAGCCCGAUCCGUCCAGUGGUUUGGGCUGGGCGUUGAUAGAUUACUGCGUCAGUCAGUCACCUUUGAGUUUUAUAUAUAUAGAUUAUAAAAAAACUGAAGAUGGUAUAUUUAUCUUUUCCAAACUUCUAUUGACAUCACGUCGCUCAAUUGUUUUGCUUUCCCAGAAUCUCUCCACUAACAUUUGAAAUUUAUGGUAUGGUAUUAAAGUUCAAAUUGACUUUUAAGUAUUAUUACGAAUCGUUUGUAUGGGAGUAAAGAAAAGUUUUAUUUUUGACAUUUUCAGGCAUUUUUUAAAAUUUUUCUCUUCGUAAGAACCAUCCUCGUAUUUCAAGGAAUAUUCUAAAAAAAAAUCAGCCAAAUCGGUCAAGCCGUUUUCAUGUUAUGUCGUGACAACGGAAAACGGGUUUCAUUUUUAUAUAUAUAGAUGCAGAUAGUAUCCAUCACUAUU